AUGAAGAAGAACAAGCGCAGCCGCAGCUAUGGCUUGGGGAGUGCUCGGAAAAGGCACCGUAAAGAAGAUACAAUAGCGGCUUGUGACAGGUUAAGCCAUCUUCCAGAACCCAUUUUUCAUCACAUCCUUUCAUUUCUCGACACCCCAAAUCAGCUGUUCAGACCUCUGUAUUGUCCCGGCUGUGGAGAUGGGCUUGGAAAGAAGUCCAUGUGCUCGAUUUGCGCAACGAUCUCUUCGAAGAACACUCGAAUUUUAGAAUGUUCGUGA